AUGUCGUCGGCUAUGGACAAAGCGAUGAAAACGAUGUCUCUGGAAGAAGAAGAUGAGCCGUUUGUCAUGCCAGAUCUUCCGCAGUACAGAUCUGGUGAACUGAAUGUUUUAUGUUUAAUUGGAAGGUACGAACAUGAUCUGCUAGAGGUUUUGGAUAAGGGCUUCCAGUCCUAUGAUCAGUGGUGGUUAGUGACGGAUAGGUGGUCAGAACCUCCUCCACCAGAUUCGUUGCAAUUUGUCACCUUCUGGGUUCAGAUAAGGAACAUCCCGAUAAAUUACUACACAAAAGAAACGAUCACUUUGCUGGGUAAAUUAAUUGGUCAGGUGUUAGAGGUUGUCGUCGAUCCCACACGGUCUCAGAACAAGGAUUUUGUGAGAGUCAAGGUUAGAUUUGAUGUCUCCAAGCCGUUGAGGAAAUCCAAAAUCAUCAACCUGCCGAAAGAGCUGUCUACAACGGUUUAUUUCUUCUAUGAGAGGGUCCAGAAAAGAUGUUACAAUUGUCAAAGGCUUACGCAUGUGGAUGAAGACUGCCCUUUGAUUCUCAAAAUCAGGGAAGAUUAG